AUGUUAACCCUUUCUUCAUUGUUUUAUCUUCUUUUUUUCACACUUACCCUUCAAUGGCACAUAGCUUCUUCAGCUAUUCUAUACAGUUUGAAACACCACCACAACAAUCCUCACCAUCAAAGACCAAUGAUUCAUGCUAACCAAACAAACUGUGCAUUGUUUGUAGGGACAUGGAUUCCUGAUGACACUUACCCUUUUUACCAAUCCUUAAACUGUCCCAUGAUAGAUCCACAGUUCAACUGCAAAAUGUUUGGUCGCCCUGAUACUAAUUACCUUAAAUAUAGAUGGAGACCACUCAACUGUGAGCUUCCAAGGUUCAACGGUGUUCAGUUUCUGAUGGGAAUGAAAGGGAAGAGUAUUAUGUUUGUUGGUGAUUCUUUGGGGAGGAAUCAAUGGGAAUCAUUGAUUUGUAUGAUAUAUACUGCAGUUCCUCAGUCACAAACACAGCUUGUUAGGGGAGAGAUACUCUCAACCUUCAGAUUCUUGGACUAUGGUGUGACCAUUUCUUUUCAUAAAGCUCCUUAUCUGGUAGAGAUUGAUGUGGGACAAGGGAAGAGAGUUUUGAAGCUUGAGGAGGUAGAUGGGAAUGGGGAUGCAUGGAAGGAUGCUGAUAUAUUGUCCUUUAACUCUGGACAUUGGUGGACACAUCAAGGAUCUCUUAAAGGGUGGGAUUAUAUAGAAUUAGGAGGCAAAUACUACCAAGAUAUGGAUCGUUUAGAAGCAAUGGAAAGAGGUUUGAAAACAUGGGCUAAUUGGGUGGACACUAAUAUUGAUCAAAGAAGAACCAAAGUGUUCUUUCUUGGAAUUUCUCCCACACACACCAACCCAAAUGAAUGGAUCUAUGGAACAACAGCAGAAACAUCAAAGAAUUGCUAUGGUGAAACUGCACCAAUCAGUGUAACUGGCACAUCAUACCCUGGUCUAUUUCCAGAACAAAUGAAGGUUGUAGACAUGGUGAUUAGAGAUAUGAACAACCCUGUUUAUCUACUAGACAUCACAAUGUUAUCAGCAUUUAGAAAAGAUGCACAUCCUUCAGUUUAUAGUGGUGAUUUGAGUCCUCAACAAAGAGCUAACCCUAUUUACUCUGAUUGCAGUCAUUGGUGUCUUCCUGGUUUACCUGAUACUUGGAAUGAAUUGUUCUACACCAUAUUGUUCUAUUAA